AUGGUUGCGGAGUAUAUGUGUGUAGAGGAGGAAAAACAUAUUCGCCAGAGGCUGAUUGUGUUCCUUCGAUUUCAAUCCCUCCGUCUGAGUAUUCGACAUAUGGCUCUCACUUCCAACGAACACGACCUUGAGCGUCGAAAAACGUCGGUAUCAAUUUGUAAAGCAAUGAUUGAAGCAAUUCGAAGCUACAUGAUGACGACGACCUCUUUAAAGCCAUGUGGGUAUAUUCUAACCACAACGUUGGUUGAGGUUAUGUACCACGUUAUUCCAGAAGAGUCCCACCCAGCACCUAUAGCUUCCCAUGGACUCUUGAAGGGGAUGGUGCACGAUGCCAUUCAACUUCUUCAAACUCUAUCAGAGUCGGUUGCGACGGCAUCUAAGGUAUGUCGAUACCUAGAGAAUCUUCUGCCACUCGACGACCCCCUUACAGCCUCAACGAGUCAAAUGGCUGUGAAGAAAGCCCCAUUCUUGAGUUCAUCUACAGAUUUGGAAACCCUCUCGGAGAAAUUCUGGAAAAUUAUUGUGGAUCAACCAGGACAGGGAACCAGUUCGGCACCAACUCACACACAGCCAUCUAUCAUAGAAAUUGAUGAGAGCUUUGUGUCUGACUAUCUACCAUUCCAACUGAAUGACUUACAAUCUCAGUUUGUAUGA